AUGAUUGCUGCAAAACUCGCCAUUCCAAUGGAAACGAAUGGUGCCUCUUUGGCUUUUCGGGGAUCUGUGUCAUUUGAGGACGUGGCUGUGGAUUUUACCCGACAGGAGUGGCACAGCCUGGACCCUGCUCAGAGGACCAUGCACAAGGAUGUGAUGUUAGAGAACUACAGCAACCUGGCGUCCGUAGGCCUCUGCGUGGCCAAACCAGAGAUGAUCUUCAAGUUGGAGCGAGGAGAAGAGCUGUGGCUAUUAGAGGAGGAAUCCUCAGGCCACGGUUACCCAGGAUCUCUCUCACUGCUGUGUAGCAACAGUUCUGUUGAGGGUAAUGCCCUCAGGCAUGAUAAUGACCUCCAGCGUCAGAGGAUUCAAACUUUGGAUCAAACUGUUGAAUAUAAUGGAUACAGAAAGGUCUUCUACAAGAAAACAGGCUUUGUUGGCCAUAAAAGAACACACGCAGGAGUAAAAAACUUUGGAUGUCAUGAAUGUGGGAAAACUUACUGCAGGAAAUCAAACCUUAUUGAACACCUGAGAAUACACACAGGGGAGAGACCCUAUAAGUGUGGUGAGUGUGCAAAAACCUUUAGUGCAAGAUCAUACCUCAUUGCUCAUCAGAAAACUCACACUGGGGAGAAGCCCUUUGAAUGUAAUGAAUGUAGGAAAUCUUUUGGCAGGAAGUCACAACUCGCUCUACACCAGAGAACGCAUACCGGAGAGAGACCCUAUGCGUGUACUCAAUGUGGGAAAACCUUUUCUGAGAAGGCGACCCUCAUGAUUCAUCAGAGAACUCACACAGGGGAGAAGCCCUAUGAAUGUAGUGAAUGUGGAAAAACAUUUCGAGUCAAGAUAUCCCUUACCCAACACCAGAGAACUCACACAGGGGAGAAACCAUACGAAUGUGGUGACUGUGGGAAGAACUUCCGGGCAAAGAAAUCCCUAAAUCAACAUCAAAGAAUUCACACAGGUGAGAAACCCUAUAAAUGUGGUGAAUGUGGGAAAUUCUUCAGAAUGAAAAUGACUCUCAAUAAUCAUCAGAGAACUCACACAGGUGAAAAACCCUAUCAGUGUAAUGAAUGUGGGAAAUCUUUCAGGGUACACUCGUCCCUUGGGAUACAUCAGCGAAUUCACACAGGAGAGAAACCUUAUGAAUGUAAUAAAUGCGGCAAUGCCUUCUAUGUAAAAGCACGCCUCAUUGAACAUCAGAGAAUGCAUUCAGGAGAGAAACCCUAUGAAUGUGGUGAAUGUGGAAAAAUCUUCAGUAUGAAGAAGUCCCUUUGUCAACACCGGAGAACUCACACAGGAGAGAAACCCUAUGAAUGUAGUGAAUGCGGAAAUGCCUUCUAUGUGAAAGUACGCCUCGUUGAACAUCAGCGGAUUCACACGGGAGAGAGACCCUUUGAAUGUCAAGAAUGUGGGAAGGCCUUCUGCCGGAAAGCCCACCUCACGGAACAUCAGAGAACUCACGUAGGCCGGCCCUUGCCUCGUACUGUGGAGAAAGCUUCUCUGUGAAGACUACCAUCACCGUUUGAUCAAGCCCUUUGGGUCAUCUGGUGAUGGGGCACACUGAGUACACCCAUAAUAAUUAGACUCCUACGCUGGUGUGAAAAUACAUUCUGAGUCCCGUUAGGGGAUAGCUCGUUGUUUUCAUUCCAUGUGUAUUUCCCUAAUGAAUGGUGAGGUUGAGUAUCUUCUUACCUGUUGACUGGCCAUUUGGGUUCUUUUCUUCUGUGCAUUGACUGUUGUGCAUCCUUUCUUCAUUGUUUUCUAAUGGGAUGCUUACCUUUUAUGUCUUGCUUUAAAUGUUGUUGUUUUUGUUUUUUAACAUAUGAAAAUAUACAAAUGGUUUUUUCAGUCCUGUGUUUGGCAGAUACCUUCUCCUGGAUAUUUAAUUUUGUUAACUCUUCUGCUGAAGUUUUAUGUUUGAAUAUUAUCAGUUUCAAGGUGAUCAUAUUCUCCUACACUUUCCUCAGAAGUUACGGUUUUUCUUUCAACAUUUAGACUGUUAACCUACCCUGAAGUUAUGUGUGUGUGUAUAGCGUGAAUUGUACAAUAUGUAAUACUAUAUUCCUCUUAACACUUUCCAUAAAUGGUAUCACACUGA